AUGAGAUUACCGCACUCUAGAGCGGAAGUCCGCCAGACCAAUAAAAAAACGGACCGUGUAUACAGAGGAGGACAAAAAAUCCUCAAGGAUUGGGUGUUGCUUAAGGCCCAGGAGGGUAGAGGCGUCAUAUAUCGAGAAUUGGAAGAAAAAUACCCAUCACUCCUACCACUCCUGGCGGGACCGCGCGAUAAAGAAGCACAAACGACAGCGGACAUGAAUAUAUCAACAACUACAUCAUCAGUGCCAUCGGCACCCAAACCAUCAACACUUCCGGCACACACAUUGACACCAUCAUCAACAACAUCACCAACAAUUACAGACUCACCGAUAGAAGUCGGAAGCCGGAGAAACCGGCAUCAUAGUUAA